AUUUUUCACCCAUCCAUUGCGCCUCUUCAUCACCCCUCAGGCCUUCACGAAAACCCAAACUCCAAGGGAAUCCAAAAUUGCUCCUCCGGAACCUUCCACUCUUCUCGCCCCCGAAGUCUCCCGUUCCAAUUACGAAGCAGAUCCAUGGCGACUCCUGCAAAAGAUAAACAUACAUCUCGAUUCAAUGCUUCAGGGGCCGAGAAUUCGAAUCCGAAUCUCUCGAGCAGAAGUCCUCUGCAGAAAAAAGCAGAAUCUCCGGUUAUCAAAUCGUCCAAAUCGAAGAAAUCUGCGCCAAAACUUUCUUAUCAGAUCGUUUCUCCCCGCACCAAGAUUCAAGAAAGGAAAUUCGUAGUAGCCAAGAAGAAGCCGAAGGCAACCACUUCUGUAGUCGUUUCAUGCAAAUGUAAAGUGAAGAUGGGAGGUGAUCUCAAGAAAUGCCCUUGUAUUGCUUACGAGAACCUCAGAGCGUCUCAGGAAGAGUUUUUCAGAAAUGAACAGGAUAUUGAUUUUGAGGAGUCACAGGCGAUUGCCGAAGUUGAACAGGAGCAGAAGACUGAUGAAAACUUCGAGACUACUGCAGAUUCACUGGAGAAAUCCAUGGAAGGAAAUGAGUCUUCACCGAAUGGAUCAAUUAACUACGAUCAGGAAGAGUUUCCAAAUGAAAUGGGUAGUUCGAAGAUCAAGAGGAGGAGAGAAAGAUUGCUAGAAGCAGCCCGAAGCAGUAUCCCUGAAGCUGGCUCUGGAAGAGUUAAGCACAUGGUCAAAGCAUUUGAGAGGAUUUUUUCAAUUCCAAGAUCUAAUGACACAAAGGAGAACGAAGAGGAAGAGAACGGAGGUAUAAAGAAGCCAACGAAGUGGGCAUUACCAGGAUUGCAACCUAAGGCCUUAGAAACAGAAGCUUCUCCAUCUUCUGUCAGUCCAUCAGAGCUGUUCUUCACAUCAGAGAAUUUCGGUUCAGAUUCUAGGGUUUCCUCUUCGUCAGACAGCAGCCAAGGAAGCUUUACUUUCACAAGCAGAAAGUCUGAGGAAGGCGGAGCCCGAAGGAACAGGAGCAGGCGAAACAGCUCUGAAUCCUCGGCAUCAUUUGGUGGAAAAAAGUGGAAGAAGAAACAGCUCAAAGUAACCAGUCAACAACCAUUUAAACUAAGAACAGAGCAAAGGGGGAGGUUUAAAGAGGAAGAGUUUCUCAAGAAGAUGCAGGAGAUGAGUAUACAGGAGGAGAGACAGCGGAUACCAAUUGCACAAGGCCUGCCAUGGACAACAGAUGAACCAGAGUGCUUGGUGAAGCCUCCAGUGAAAGAAAGCACAAGACCUGUUGACUUGCAGCUACAUAGUGAUCUGAGAGCAGUGGAACGUGCUGAAUUCGAUCAUCAUGUUGCUGAGAAACUGAGCUUUAUUGAGCAGUAUAGACUAGAGAGGGAAAAACAACUGAAGUUGGCAGAAGAAGAAGAGAUUAGGAGGCUGAGAAGAGAACUCGUCCCGAAAGCUCAACCCAUGCCCUACUUUGAUAGGCCUUUCAUACCAAGAAGGUCACUGAAACACCCAACCGUUCCUAAAGAGCCAAAGUUCCACAUUCCCCAGCACAAGAAAAUCAAAUGCAUGUCAUGGAAUGAUAUGAACAUGAACAUCUAUACGCACCAACUAUGUGAGAGCUACAAGAGAGAAAGGAUGAACGGCGAACAAUGAAAGAGAGAGACAUUAGAAGGAGAUGUUCAGAUUUUCCUUGCUCCUCCCUUCAGAAAGAGCAUCAAUUUUUGUCUUUCCUUGUCCAUUUGUAAGCAAUGAAAAUAAUUUCAUUUGUUAACACUAAUGGUAAUAUUGCAACAGGAAGCUUGUGUUGCCUUUAUACAAAUGUCUAAUGACCCAACUGAAAUAUCUUUCCUUUUUUUAA